CACACACAGAGAGAGAGAGCGAGAGAGUGAGUGAGUGAGUGAGAGAGAGAGAGAGUGAGUGAGUGAGUGAGUGAGUGUGAGAGAGAGAGAGAGAGAGAGAGAGAGAGAGAGAGAGAGAGAGAGAGAGAGAGAGAGAGAGAGAAAGAGAGAGAGAGAGAGAGACGUGCGCACGGAUAGUCAGAUGCAUCACUUUCAGUAGCAGUGUGUGUUCUCUAGAAGAAAAGCGUGCAAAAUUCAACCAUGCCAUACGGGGGUCGCACGUAGAAACAAUCCUUUCUCAGGAGACUGCAACAUGGAGAAAAACGGGACCAGCCAUGCACCUCUUACUGGAAACAUUUCCCGCAGUCAUCAUGGGCAGCUGGAUAAAUUGUGGAAUGGUUCCUUUCAGUACACUUGUUGGGAGAUGAAAUGAUGGAAGGCAACAGCGACGUGUACUGAGGCUGGUGGUAAUUCAAAAUCCGAAGCUGCAGUUGUACCUUCUCAGGCUGCCACAAGCUCGAGCACUCGGGCAUGCGUGGAGAUUUUUUUUUUCUGCUUGAUUAAAACUUAAAGAUGAAUUGCAGUGAAUUCAAUUUCCAUAGUCCGAUGUUGUCAGUAAAUGGCUCGGUCAUCAGCGGGGAGAGCAGUGAUUGGUUCCCUCAUCAGAACAGUGAACUGGAAAGAACGUUAUUAUUGACCAUCCAGGAGCCAACCACUAUCUCCCUGACUGUAAUGUACUCACUGUCGUUUUUGGUUGGCUUCAUGGGGAACCUCACAGCCAUUCGGAUGCUCACCAGCCAGAGAAACAGGAAGGUUCAGAGCGUCAGCGCUACGAAGAGUUUAUUGAUCAACCUGGCUAUCUGUGACCUGAUGGUAGUCUGCAUCUGCAUGCCCAUAACCCUGGGCCAUACUAUCUACACAGCCUGGGUGUAUGGGGAUCUGCUCUGCAGGGCGGUGCCCUUCAUCCAGGCAGUCUCUGUGUCAGCCAGUGUACUCAGCCUAACGGUCAUCAGCGUGAACAGGUAUUACAGUGUCCACAGCCCACUGAAUGCCCGCUCCUACUUCACCCAGAGAAAGAUUUACAUUACCAUCAGUGUUGUGUGGAUUCUGAGCUCCAGCAUCUGUUCUCCUCUUCUUUUCAUGAUCAGGUUGGAUGAGAUCUGUUUGAUAAACAUUGCAGUUCCUAUCUGCAGAGAGCUGUGGCCACAGAUGAGGCUCAAGCAGGUUUAUAACGUGCUCCUCUUCAUCACGCUCUACUGUAUACCUGUGGCUUUUAACCUGACCAUCAGUUUCCUUACCGGGCGGAAGCUCUGGAGGGCAUCACGGCAUUUCAGUGACUUUGACCCUCACAGUCAGGUGAUGUAUGCUUCGUGUUUGAAGAUGCGGAAGAAGAUUGCAAAGGUAGUGGUCACCCUGGUCCUACUCUUUGCCGUCUCCUGGCUGCCCCUGUACGUCACUGAUAUUUUAAUUGACCACGAGACGCAUCCCCCACACUGGAUCCUACAGACCCGGCCAUUUGCCCAGUGGCUGGGUCUCACCAAUUCUAGCCUCAACCCCAUCUGCUACUGUUUCCUAGGGGAUCUUCACCGCUCUGCCAAGGUAAUCAAGUCCAAGUACAACCAACGGAUGCUGUCUCUCCUCAGCACUUCAAGCUCCACCAAGCUACCAAGACUGCUCCUUUUUAAGCGACAGACAUCCAGCCAGAGGCAGGGGACUGGGGCUCAGGUGUCUGAGGAAACACUCUCAGAUUGGUGCUCACACACAAGUGUUGGGGAAUUCAACCAGAUGCUGUCUCUUCAAAGCCUGUCUGAGAGGAUAGAGUCUAGGAGCACACCUGACUUCAACAGCCUGUCGAUAGAGAACAUAUCACCAGUGGUAUAACAUGGCUGAAGUUUAAUCUUCAGCAUUCAAUAAUAUGGCCAUGGAAAUGGAUGUGUGGGAAGCUUUUGAUGUGAGCAUGAUUAACUAAGAGCAUUACCUAUAAUUACUUUACUCCCCUCUCACACUUUAGCUGUUAAAAAAUGGAAAACUGUCAGUGUGCGUUGGACAUGAAUUAUGAUUUAGCGACAUGUAAUUUAAACUGAUCAUCUUGCAGCGCCACCACAGACACAGGUGUUCAUAAAUAACUAAUCAUUUUAGUCAAAAUAGAGCAAGCGACUACAAUAUUUAAUCCAUGGUGAAAACACAUUAAAAGCUACAAUAUGGUUACACCGUUCACUAUGGGUAUGUUAAUUUCUGCACAUCAUAUAAAAUAUGUAAAUGUCAGUGUUUGUUGAUCCAUUUUUGCAGUUUUACCAGCUGUGGUUGUACAGUAUGCAGGAUAUUAGCAGCAGAAUCAGAAAAAUAUAAACUAUACUUUGCAUUGUUUACAAUAGUCUUGUUUGUGUAAAUGAAUUGUCCUUGAAUGUGGUUACAUAUUUUACAUAUUAAAUGACAAAUGUCAUACAAUUCAAUCUGGUGUAGCAUGCUUAUUCCAAUUCAACCUUGCAGCUGUAACAAGGAGACUAAGCACUGUAUAAUUUCAUUUGUAUCUAAUUGUUGAUUAAAAAAAAUCAAUAGUAAGUCUCAUAAGAAAUACUGUAUAAGUCCAGUCUUUGUAAGGACUCUCGCAAUGUUUUCUGUAUAACAAAGCCUUUUUUUUGUUACAUUAGGACAUAAAUUUCAGCCUUGUGGAAAACCCAGUCUUGUGGAGGAACCUGUUUCUUUUCUUCUUCUUUUUUUCAGAAAUAUGGGCAAAAGAUAUAAAAAGCUCAAGUACCAAAAGGCAACAAAAUAGAAUUCUGUGUGCGCUGUGAUUAUACACUGAUGUGUUUCAACCCCUUUAAGGGCUCAUUUAAACAUUUAGCGCAGGCAUUUUGUGGGGGGGAAAACAGGAAAUGGUUUUUGUCUCUCAGGAACAUUUCACUCUCUUCAGCUGAAGAUUUUUCCCCCUCUAGUGCAGCAAUUAAACCUCAUAUUCAUGCUAAUAAAUUCAUUA